AUGCUUAAUACUACUGAGCUUGACUAGACCUUAAAAACUAAUAAAGAGGCCCUAGAAGUUCCAAAGUUAAUUGUUAAUUCUUCUAAAAUAACUGUGGCUUCUACUAACAAUUUAAAUAAUAAUAGUUCUGUUCCAGAAAAGAAAACUACUUUUUUUCGUAUUGAGGAUAAGUUCUCAAGAUUGGAGAAAUAUGAAGAAAUCGAUCGUAAUGAUGAAUUAAAUCUACCUUUUGUACCACCUUAAGGAUUUAAAGGUCCAGUUGGUAAGUAAGUUUAAUAUACUGAUUAGUUGAUCGAAAGGCAACUGAUAAAGCUUGGAUAGGUUUAUUUCUAAUAGUAUAUGUGUUGUACGGAGUUUAUUCAUAUUUUGUCAUCGUAGGUGGAGAUCCAGAUAGAUUGGCUCAUGGAAUGGAUUUUAGAGGGGAGAUAUGUGGUAUAGGAAACUUAAAAAAUAAACCAUUUUUAUAUUAUGCUGGUCCAGUAAUUGAUAUAAAUGUUACAUGGUGUAUUAGAUAAUGUCCUCCUUCAACUGGGAGAGAGACUUGUAUGUAUGAUACAGAUCAUAUGACAAUAACAUCAUUUUGUUAUAUUCAAAUGCAAGCAGAUUAAAUGGGUUAUUAUUGUGUACCAAAAGAGCCAAAAAGUAGAGAACUUGUAUUUGAAGAAUUAGGAUCUUUAAGAAAUACAAUGAGAAGAAUAGGAUCAGAUUUAUGGUAAUGUUGGGAUAUUACUUUAUGUGGCUUUGGUUUGUCAAUAAUUUUAAGUUAUUUAUUUACAGUUCUGGCUAAAUUUGAAAAAAUAGUUACUGGAUUGAUAUGGGGAGCUAUUAUAUUUGCUGAAGCUGGUUUAAUUAUUUAUGCAUGGUUAUUCUAUCUUGAAUCAAUCAGAGUAAAUUAUCUAAUAAAUUUAGGCAUACAAUUUUAGAUGUAUUGAUGGUAUGAGUCCAGUUACAUGUGGUGGAUAAAUAGUUACCAUCUAUGAAUAUUUGGCAAUUAUAUUUUUAGGAUUAGGUGGUAUUUACUUAUUUGUUACUAUAUUUCUAUUUAAAAGAAUUUAAAGAGGUAUUUCUUUAUUAAAAACUGCUCAACAUAUUAUUCAAGUUUUAAGUCAGAUUAGAUCAUUUCCAUUUAUUGUAGCUUUUAUCGGAUUAAUUGUAUGUUGUUUGGCCUUCAUUUUAGUCUGUUUUGCCAUGACAGUAGGAACUAUAGAAUUAAACAGAGCUAAAUGUAUAAUUUAAUAAUAAUAUAAAAAUAGAUAUUGAUGGACAUUUGCUCUAUAAGAUAUUAUAUAAUGAUUACAUACAAUUUGGUUUAGUCUAUGUAGGUUUUACAGUAAUUUUUACUUUGACUUUAAUUUUAACAAUGAACGAUAUGUUCACUAGUUAUGCAUUAUCAGUUUGGUUUUUUACAAAAUAAAAGGAUACUGUUAGAAUUCCUUAUUGUUUUUCUUUUAAAACAUUAUUUCGUUAUCAUUUUGGUACUUGCGUAUUUAUUGCUUUUAAUUUAAUGUUUCUUACAAUACCAUAAACAAUUAUGGAUUACUCUAGGGUAAAUAAUUUUUGUAUUAUUCAUAUAGAGUAUAAUGAGAUUUCUUCCAUAAACAAGUAGUUGUGUCAGAUAUACUUAAGCAAGUUGUAUGGCAUGCAUUCAUGCUUUUGAAGUAUUUCUAAGAUAUAUAUCUAAACAUUCAGUUGUUUAAGUAGCUAUUUGGUCUGAACCAUAUUACUAAAGUGCUAAGAAAGCUUAUUUUCUAAUUUUUAGAAACUCUGAUAAAAUUAAAGAUUUGGAUUUCCUUCAAACUCUAAUUGUAUUUCAAAUUAGAAUGGCAACAGCUUUUAUGGCCUCUAUUCCUAUAUAUAUUUACAUAAAUUUUUAUGAAACUACAUUUAUGGGAAAACCAACAUCAGGAAUUGAAUCUCCAAUAAUUCCAACUUUGUAUGUAUUCAUUUGUGGAAUGUUCUUCUCAAAUAUAUUUUAAGGAUCAUAUGAUAUUACUUGUAAAACUAUAAUUUAAUUAUAUUGUAUGGACUCCGAAAUGUUCUUUGGUGAAUAAAGAUUUGUUGAACAAUUUAUUAGAGAGUUCAUGGAAUUUGUUGGUAAAAUAGAAGAUAAAGAAUGGAAAAUGGGAUUUACAAAAUAAAUUAAAUUUAAUAAAGAUAAAUUUAAUGAAAAAUUAAAAAAUUAUAAUGAAUCGGAUAAUGAUUCAGAUUCUGAAUAAGAAUAGGAAUAUGAUAUUAAUAAUGAAGAUGAAGCUUAAAGUGAUGAAAAGUAAGCAAACAAAAAAAAUAAAAAUUAAGAUGAUUAAUUUUAUGAUUAUGAUGAAAAAGUAGAGAGAGGAAAUGCCUUUAUAGGAUUACCACUAGAAUUUAAACCAAAAAAUGACGUUACUAAGAAACCUCCUGAAGAAUUAGGAAAUGCAUCUCAAUCAGUCAUUCAAGAUCAAACUAUGGUUUUAGGAGAUUAAACAAUAGCUUUAGGUAGCAAUAAAUAAUUAAGAUUGAAAACUCCGAUUCUUAAUACUAGCCAAUAAUCUUUUUAAAUUCUAUUAAAUGCAAAUGAUAAAAGUUAAAUUAGUUAGACUAGUGAAAUUGAUGAAAAACCUUAGAGAGAAAAAGUUAUCAAGAAAUAAAGAUUAUGAUCAUUAAAAUUUA